GUGGCAACACUGAUGUGAAAUAAUUUUUGGUGUGAAACGAAAAGAAUUAUUUGUUAAAUUUUAAACAAUAAAUAAAUAAAAAUUAAGUAAUACGGUUGUGGUUUUUCAGUGUCCUACCAGCUAUAAAUUAACGUGGACUUGUUAAAUAAAACCAUUAUAAGCAAUUGAAAGUACCUGGUUAAGAAUAGAACCCUACACCACAGCACCAGCAGCAGACUUAUACGUAAGCAGCAGCACUAACAACUAUUCCUGUAUUUAAUAGAAGCAAUAAACUGCACUAGUUCUUUAACCUAAACCCUCUACUUUACUUGCAACAAUUCCUGUAAAAUUUUUCGCCAAAUUUGGUAAAUUGAUAGUUGUUGUCGUCGUUGUCGUUAUCAUCAUCAUCAUGUCUAUUGCCCCAGUUAUUAUAGAGGCUACUGCCAAACAUACUUCCACGCUCAUUUUUAUGCAUGGUCUGGGUGAUACUGGCCAUGGCUGGAGCAGUGCUUUGGCCGCCAUUCGUCCACCCAGCAUGAAAGUUGUCUGCCCCACAGCACCCACUCAACCUGUCACCCUAAAUGCAGGCUUCCGCAUGCCAUCAUGGUUUGAUUUGAAAACUCUAGACAUAUCGGGACCCGAAGAUGAGGAGGGCAUCAAGUCGGCUUCACAAAAUAUACAAACCAUGAUUAAUACGGAAAUUGAAAAGGGUAUACCCUCCAAUCGCAUAGUAUUGGGUGGUUUCUCACAAGGUGGCGCCUUGGCGCUGUACUCAGCCUUGACCUAUAACAAACCGCUGGCCGGUGUGGUGGCCCUGUCGUGUUGGUUGCCCUUGCAUAAACAAUUUCCGGGCAUUAAAACGAACAGUGUGGAGAUACCAGUUUAUCAAUGUCAUGGCGAUUUUGAUCCGGUGGUGCCCUAUAAAUUUGGCCAACUUAGUGCCAGUUUAUUAAAGUCAUUUAUGAAGAAUGUUACUUUCAAAACCUACAAUGGCUUGUCACACUCUUCAUCAGAGGAAGAAAUGGAUGAUAUUAAGGAUGUUUUGGCCAAAUGGACAAACGAUAGUAGUCAUUUAACGAAUAGAAGUUCCUCGGAAACGUAUUGUUCAAGUAUCGUACAGUGUUGUCGUAUCUUAUAGUUACCGCAACAACAAGAACAAACAAAAAUGACACUAAACACAUAGAAAAACUUAAAACAUUUCACUACAAUUUGAAUUGCCUCAAUUAAUUAUAGUUAAUUAUUAAAAGAAAAAAACACACACA